AUGUGGAAACUGUACCAUGGCUGGUACAUUCUUGCCACACUGCUCCCCGCACUGGCCGGCUCUACAACAACACAGCAGGUGUUGGGCGACGUUAGCCAGUGUGGCCGUCCAAAUGUGGUUUUCAUAUUGACAGAUGACCAAGAUGCGCACCUUGGCUCGCUUGAAUACAUGCCAUUUGUGCGGAAACAUCUGUUGGAUGAGGGCACUUACUUCAACAAGCACUACUGUACCACAGCAGUGUGCUGUCCGUCGCGAGCCACCCUCUGGACUGGAAAAGCUUCCCAUAACACAAAUAUAACAGAUGUCAAUCCACCAUAUGGAGGGUAUCCUAAAUUCGUGGACCAAGGAUUCAAUGAGAAUUACUUGCCGGUAUGGCUGCAGCAGGCCGGUUACAAUAGUUACUACACAGGCAAGCUUUUCAACGUCCAUACAGUGACAAAUUACAACUCCCCAGAGCCAGCUGGCUUUACGAACUACGAUUUCCUGCUGGACCCUUUUACAUACAACUAUCUCAACAGUACUUUUCAGCGGAAAGGCGAAAAUCCAAAAAGCUAUGAAGGGUAUUAUUCAACAGAUGUUAUGUCACAAAAGGCACAGAGUCUACUUCAAGAUGCUGUUUUAGCUGAGGAGCCCUUCUUUCUAACAAUUGCGCCAAUCGCGCCGCAUGGAAAUAUCGUUAUGAAUGGAAGUGCAUUGGACAAAAAUCCAGUUUUUGAACACAGUGCCCCAAUACCGGCCAAGAGGCAUGAACUUCUUUUUGGUGAUGUCCAAGUUCCGCGGUCUGCUAAUUUUAAUCCUGGAAAACCUUCCGGAGCGAAUUGGGUUUUGGAUCUACCUCAGCAAACCCAAGAAAAUGUGGAAUAUAACGAUCAUUAUCAUCGGCAGCGAAUUCGCUCACUUCAGGCAGUCGAUGAACUAGUCGACGAUAUUUUCGCGAAACUAGAAGAGUACGGAAUUCUCGAAAACACAUAUGUGUUCUACAGCAGCGAUAACGGCUUCCAUAUCGGACAGCAUAGACUCCAACCGGGCAAAUCAUGCGGUUACGAAGAGGAUAUCAACAUUCCCUUGAUUGUUCGUGGACCAGGUGUAGCAGCCAACCAGACGACGGAGAUUGUGACAACGCACACGGACCUGGCUCCAACGUUUUUCGAUAUUCUUGGUAUUCCGACACGGGAAGACUUUGAUGGAAAUGCCAUCCCAAUUACCCCGGAUGGCAUUAACGAAGCGUCCCAAAGACGACGCGAACAUGUAGCUGUUGAGUACUGGGGAUACGCAGGUGGAGAGGGCAUAUUCGAUCGAACCCUUCACGAAAACAAUACAUACAAAGCAAUUCGAAUUUCUGGAGAUGGGUAUAAGUUUUAUUACUCCAUAUGGUGCAACAAUGAGCAUGAGCUGUAUGACAUGGACACUGACCCCGGGCAAAUGAACAAUCUACUGUCAGUACCAUCCUCCAUGGAUACAACUAAAUCGAGCCCUAGCGCUGCUAUAAUUGUGGCUGGCUAUCCGCUCAAUAAGAUUGUGAGCCGAUUGGAUUCGCUCUUGCUCGUACUCAAAUCCUGCAAAGGUGCAGUAUGCCGUGAGCCUUGGAAAGCUCUGCACCCAAAACGAGACGUGAACACUCUGAAGGAGGCGCUGUCAUCGAAAUUUGAUGAUUUCUAUCAAGAACAACAAACGCGGGUUGCAUUCGAUUAUUGCUGGAAUGGCUAUGUACCCGAAGCAGAAGGAUCAAUGUGGGAAAAAGAUGGGUUGUUCUUUAGGGAUGGCCUACCAUGGCAUGUAUGGACAUAA